AUGCAGCCCCCAGAUGAGGCCUGCAGGGACACGGCUGAGGAGGCCCACUGGUCCAGGCCCGAGUGCCAGAUGUGGACGGGGACCCUGCUGCUGGGCACCUGCUUGCUGUAUUGUGCCCGCUGCAGCCUGCCCUUCUGAGCGGCUGCCAUGAGUCAGGACUUCGGCCUGGCCCUCAGCAGCUUCUUCUGGGGCUACUGCUUCACUCAGGUCGUGGGCGGCCACCUCGGAGACCGGUACACUGCCCUGCCCUCCGCCAGGCCCCAGGGAGCCUGCGCCCCCCAACUUCUGGUCGGGGAGGGCCUGCACUGCCGCAACGAGAGCUUCAGGGCCGCCACACCGCUGCUCACCAGCCUGGGCAGCACCCACCUGCUCUUCCUGAUGCAGGCCCUCACGGGCCUGCUCCAAGGGCUCGACUUCCUGGAGCUGUGCAGCCUGCUGGCCCAGAAGGCGCGCGAGAGCGAGCGGGCCUCGGCCUACAGCACCGUGGGCUCUGGCACCCAGUGUGGGUAUGUCCCACCGCUCAGGGCUGGACUUCAUGUUGCCCAUCCUUGUCUGCCGUUCUGUGGGCAGCUGCAGCAGAUGCUAUAUGACGAUGCCCAGCCAGUCAGCAGGACCCAGGGUGUCCUGGGGCCAGGGGCGGACAGUGGGGUGGUCGGCGGGGCGGACCGUCGCUGGUCCCAAGCUGCCCCCUCAGACCACAGCCUGACCCCUGGGCUCCUGUCGCGAGGCCCACCCUCCGCCCGACCAGCCCGGGUGUCCUGGAGACUGCUCUUCUGGGGGCCGGCACUGUGGGCCGUUGUCUUCUCCCAGCUCUCCUCAGCGUGCUCCUAUUUCACCCUCCUCUCCUGGCUACCCACCUUCUUCCAGGAGACUUUCCCCCAUGCCCAGGGCUGGAUCUUCAAUGUGGUGCCCUGGCUGGUGGCCAUCCCCACUGGACUGCUCGGUGGUUUACUUGCUGAUCACCUCAUCAGCCAAGGUUACAGAACCAUGACCGUGCGGAAACUCAUGCAGCUGUUGGGUCUCGGCCUGUCCAGCGUCUGCGGGCUAUGUGUGGGGCACAGCCGCAGCUUCCUCUCCUCUGUGGCCUUUGCCACAGCCUCCAUUGCUCAGACCUUCAACCAUAGCAGCAUCUCAGUCCUGAACGUCCAGGACCUGGCCCCGUCCUGCGCCGGCUUCCUCUUUGGUGUAGCCAACACAGCCAGGGCCCUGGCAGGUGUGCUGGGUGUGUAUGUGAGCGGAUACCUGAUUGAGAGCAGGGGCUCCUGGGCCAGCCUCUUCUACCUGGGUGCAGCAGUCAAUGCCCUGGGGUUGUGCAGCUUCCUGGCCUUUGCACAAGCCCAUAGGAUUGACCUGGGCCCUUCCUGGCAAGACUUGUAGCCCUGCGCACCCCGGGCCCUCCCAGAGAGUUGGCGGCAAAGGUUCCCCACAGAAGAGCCAAGGAGGAUGCGGAAGCCCAAACUGGCCUUGCCUGUGCCUCAGUUUCUCCACCUGCAGUGGCCCCACCCUUCUUACAAUACUGGCAUGACCACGGGGCCUGAGUGGGCACUACUGCUGCUGGACAGCCAGGCAGCGCUUCCCGGCUGCUGGCCUGAGGCACUACCCCGGACCCCAGGCCAGAGGGUAGCCAGCGGCUGCAGGGUCCCCACCCCAGCCUGUGGAUCUCCCCUCCCCCACCAGCAGCUG